GAUUUUGGGUAUAUAUUGAUGCUGAUCCUGUAUUUGCAUCAGACGCUUCAAGUAAUUCAACAAUCAUGAAAUUCUUUGUAUUCGCUUUACUUCUGUUGACUGGGUACCUUUCAGUGCCAGCUCAGGCUGCACAAAGGGCUACAGUGAAACUCCUCAUGCACGAUUUGGCUGGUAACGCUUUACCUGCCAGACUCAUCGGCGGAGCUUUAAGUUUGACCGGUGAAGGUGGCAAGCAUUGGGCUAUAGUCGUGCAAUUCGAUGGGGAUGAUCAAGUAUAUCUGUGCGAACUGCACAGAGAUCCCAACACCGGAAACAAAGGAUCCGGAGGUAUCACUUGGAUUUGCGAGAGAAUGACAAAGGAACAAGUCCUUAAUGGUAAAUCCGGAGUUCACGUAUACAAUUUCGGAAAGGUCGAUCUGACACCAGAGCAGCUCAAGACGUACUGCAGGGAAAUCAAAUUCAACGGUCAGGAUUACAACUUGAUCCUGCAGAAUUGCCAGCACUGGGCUAAGGAUCUUAUAGGAAAAUUGGGUCUGUCAACUACCUGGUUCAAUAUCAAAAGCUUCUUGGAGAAGACCACAGGACCAGGAUUCUUCUACUCUCUCUUCGAAGGUCACAAAUUAUAGUUUUUUUAUUUGUAAAUCAUUGCUUCGAGCAACAUCAGAAUGUUAAUAUAUUAAUAUAUUAAAAA